CAGAUCUUAAAUCUAGUAGCAAGACGGGCUGGAUUUGAUAUCAAUGUUGUUCCAGUGCCUGUUGAGGUUGCUCUUAAAUGAGUUAACUGAUGUUAUGGAUACACUGUCUGCAGUGAAGUCAGUCAUUUGGAAUGAUUUGAUGUUUCUCCUGAGUACAAGAAGCUGCAUGUAGAUCACAGAGCUUUAUGGAUACACAGUCUGAAGUGAACGCAGUCUUUUGGAUUGAUUUGAUGUUUCUCCUGAGUACAAGAAGCUGCAUGUAGAUCACAGAGCAUAUAGUUAUGGAUACACAGUCUGAAGUGAACGCAGUCUUUUGGAUUGAUUUGAUGUUUCUCCUGAGUACAAGAAGCUGCAUGUAAUCACAGAGCAUAUAGGUACAAUGGAAUCUGCAACAAAGCCUUAUUGCUGUGUUGUGUGCUCAAAGAGGACUAAGGCCAAGGACAGAAGACCUGUAGGAGGCAUAACCAACAAAGCAUUUAGAAAAUACCUAGAAAAAUGUUUCAUGAUCAAAGCGGUUGAUGGUGACAUUACUUGUGAAAGUGUCGCAUGAAAUUUUAUAAUAAGAAGACAUCUCAACAUAUUGUUGCCAAUAAUUCUAUUUCAGAUGUCCCCAAAGAGGUUGAUGUUCUAGGCAAAGUAAAGUCUCCUCGCAACAUUUCUCUAAAGUUGUCGUCUGUGGCAGGAUCGUCAAACAGCACUUGUUGUGUAUGUCGAAAAGGGAUGAGAAAGUCCAUUGUAGUGUCAACAUUUACAAGAUUUAACACUUUUGUAGAUCAUAACAUUAUCAUCAAACAAGGUGCAAGAUGUUGUCCAAAGCAUUUUGAAGGAAGCAUGAAGUUUACCUCUGAUGCCCUAUUGUUAUUGCAACAGAAUACCAAAUCUGUCACAGAAUUCAACAAGACUGAUUUAUUACAUUUAGUUACAAGUUUGCGUGAUGCUGCACUCAAAAACAAAGAAAGACGCAUGGAUUUUGAUGGUGAUUGUUUUAGUUACAAGUUUGCGUGAUGCUGCACUCAAAAACAAAGAAAGACGCAUGGAUUUUGAUGGUGAUUGUUUCACAGAUGCAGAUUACCUGAACCUGAUGGGAGUCAGCAAAGACUCUUUUGAUGACAUCUGUAAACAUGUUAAAGACAUACGUCAUACAGCCGUUAGAAGUAUUAGGACAUGUCUUGGAAUUUUCUUGACCAAACUGCGAUCUGGAAUGUCAAACAAAAUGUUGUCCACUCUGUUUAAUGUUGGUCCAGAUGCUAUAAAAAGAGCAAUUACAUCAGGAAGAAAGGCAUUAAUGACAGACUUUGUUCCAAAAAACAUUGGCUUCAAUCAUGUUACAAGGGAGGAAAUUAUUUCAAAUCAUACAAGACAUUUAGCACAAACAUUAUUUGGAGGACCCCUUCUACCAGCAAUACUUGUCAUAGAUGGCACAUACAUCUACAUUCAGAAGAGCUCCAAGUUUCAGUUUCCGCGUCGGUCCUACAACAUGCACAAACACAGGCCUUUGGUUAAACCAAUGAUCUUCGUUUCAACUACUGGUUAUAUUGUCAGUGUGCUUGGUCCAUACUUGAGACACUCCAAAAACAAUGAUGCUGAAAUUUUGAAACAUGCAUUAAAAACAGAUGAGGAGGCCAUAAGGUCAUGGUUACAGGAAGAUGACAUUUUCAUCGUUGACAGAGACUUUCGGGAUUCUAUUGAUUUCUUGGAGGCUAUGGAAAUCAAAUCAGAAAUGCCCUCUUUCUUAAAAAAGAAUCAGAAGCAACACACAGUAGAGGAAAGCAACACAUCUAGGCUGGUGCCAAAGCUGAGAUGGGUAGUAGAGUCUGUCAAUGGACGCUUGAAGACUUGGAGAUUUCUAAAUAACAUUGUUCCAAAUUCUCAGAUACCCUACAUCAGAGACUAUGUACAGAGUAUCCUGUUUGUGCAAUAAAUAUUUGGCUCCGAUGGUGUCAACUGAUCAAGAGGAUGAUGUUCUGUUAGGAUGCAAGAUGUUGCACUUGUCAAAGCAAAAUAAUGAACUGAUGGAAAGAGUUAUAAGUGAAAGGCUAGACAAGCUUAAUGCAUGCUGGCAAAAGUUAGAGGAUGUUGGAUGUGCAUUGGCUUUCCCAAGACUUGAUGAGACAGAUUUAAGGAACAUAACCUUAGGUGUUUAUCAGCUCAAACUUGCUAAGUCCUACGCCGAAGAGCACAUGAAUGAUGACGGUGACUACGAAUUGUAUGUGCAUAACAUGGAGGAAGGCCUACUAAUGGGGAAAAUCCAAAGUCGCCAUACAUCGUCAAAAAUGUACAAGAUGUGGAUAGGGUAUGACGAGUGUAGAGUGAAAAGUUGUUACUGUCAGUGUAAGUGUUGAGCCAGAGUAGUUGGUACAUGUGCCCAUAUAACCUCAGUUAUUUGGUAUCUUGGAUAUGGUAGAAAUGAAAACUUGAAAUUUGGCUGUGGGAAGGACUGGACAGUAUACUUGAAAGAUGCGAAGGAUAUCCCAGAACCAGUUCAGGUUGAUGCAGAUAGUGAUGUGGAAGAGUGAAUUAUAAAGUAAACCAUACAGUUGAACCUCUUUUAGAACUUGUCUCAAAGACCCUGUUUUAAUUUGUAGGUCCCAACCUAAUUUUUCUUGGAUAAUUUAAAGUUUUGUCGUGGUCCUGAUGACUUAAGAAUAACAAGGUUUUACUGUCAUUAGUUAUCAUUGUUCAUACGAAGCAGAGGACAGUUUUACUGAUGUAAUGGGUAGGCUUUGUAUUAUGUACACUAAUACACGUUUGAAAUUGUACAUUUACUGAUAUAUAUACAUUUAUACAAAUGCACCAGGCUUAUAUGUUUUGUGUUGAGAAAAUGUGAAUAUGAGUAGCUAUAUGUUUCAAUAAUAACCAAUGUUAAAAGGCUCUUCAGUUGUGAGGGAGCGAGUAGUUAUAGAUUAACAAGUGUGCAUAUCACAUCAAGGCUAACAAUGAAUAUCAGAAGUAGUAUGUUUGUUUUAAAUGAAUGCUGUAUUUGGCAUUUCUGAUACACUGAAAAGUCUUUGUCAGGCUGAUAUCUUUUUUUAAACUCUCUGCAAUUUUACAAAAUAUCUAUUGGAGUCAUACCUUAUUGAUGGUUGAUGUUAUAUCUGAUAAACACUGAUAAUUAGAACCUGUAUACUCAAAAAGCUUGCUGGAUCCAAUGGGGUCUUAAGAGCAUAUUCUUGAUUUUACACCAACUGAAUAUAUUCCAUAGUUUUAAAAACUUUUCAUUGCAAAGCAAAUAAGUUUAAGAUAGAGACUAGUAGACACUUGUUUGUGUAUAUAUCUGUAGAUCUGUGUUUACACCCUGUCAGAAGCCACAUAUACAUUUAUUUUCACUGAACAUGAAUGUGAUGCUUUUCUCAUGCAUAAAUAUCAACUUUGGCUAUAAAGUAUCAUUUAUUUGUGUAAACAUGCUGAAGAGCAUUGAUCCUUUGUAUGAACUUCUUGAUAGUAAUCAUGUUAUUUGUCUACAUUGUAUCUAUCUGUAGACCAAGCAUUGUCCUUACUAUUGAUUCUUAAAAACUAGAGCACCAAGAGUACCAGUUUUGAAGUUAAUUAGUGUCACCACAAUGUUUAAGGAAAGUCUUUUCGUUUACAUAAAGUGUAUUCCUUUGUAUAUAUAUAUUUCAAUUUCUACUGAGUUUGAUUCAAUGGAACCUGCCUAAUGUUGUCCAUUUCAUUUGCCCAUGCUUUUAACAAGAUUAACAUUGCAUGUAUAAAUACAUAUUCUCAGUAUAAUUAUGCAACUGGACAUUUGAAUGUAACUCUUGGAUAAAGUUGUUUUUAUCUUCAAAAUGCAUAUUAAUGACUUAAGGUUAAAUGUUAUUAAAAUUAUUCUACUUGAAUAUUGGAAAAUAUCAAGGAUAAGCUGUAGACUCUGAAACUACAACAGUAGUUUAGUACUAUAGCACUGUUAUGUCUAAUAAAGGGGUAAUAUUUGCAUUCCA